GAUGGCCCGGACGGUCCGCGGCCGUCGUUACCGACAGUGCCCCACUGCUACUCUUCAACGUCCGUGUCCCGGCCCACGACAUUCACGGAUCCUGAUCCCCAGGAUGACAUUUGAGGGCCGAUUGGAUGAACUGUUCGAUCAAGAGGAGCAAGAGGAAAUGGAGGAGUCCCAGGCACUUGGCUGUAUCGAGGUUGCAGGCGGGUAACUAUAGCAAUUGAACCAGUUUCGUCGCAGAUCACGGAGUAGUUUGAUGAAAAAACAAAUGAUGCAGGUCGUGGUGGAUCACACGAAUGUAGUGAGCCUUCGCGAGAUGCAAGGCUAUCG